AUGCAGUGUGAUGUCCGCGGAGCCGCGUCGCUACACACGGUCACCACGCCUCUACCACUACUGUACGUACUACAAGCACUCGUGGCGCGCGGGACUAGAAACAAUAUGUACGUGUGGCGUGUGUCUGUGUCUGUGUCACCUUACUUGUGCGUGUCUCUCCUCCUUGUCAUGGUGUGUCACGUGUGUUGUGCGUCUUUGUUUCCCCCCUCCUGUGUGUGUGUGUGUGUGUGUGUGAGCGGGGUCGGUCAGCUGCAGAGCGGAGGUACCUGCGGGCGUCGCUCGUCGCUGGCCGACCUGUGA